GGUCUGAUGGGACGGUCCCGUUAUUCCAUUCGGCAAGCGAUGGAGCGCACGAGGAAGACCAUUGUCCGCCACCGAGGCCGUUUUGCACCGGACCAUACGGCGUGGAUAUGUUUUGUUUUCAUCCUGAACGCGUCCGCGGCGUCUGCCGCUCACCUGCGCCCGUGUAAUGAGGCGGACUACUACUUUGAGUACACGGAGUGUGACAGCGCCGGGUACAGAUGGAGGGUGGCCAUUCCUCUGAAUCCAGGAGAGUGUACAGGACUACCAGAACCCGUGCAGGGCACCGACUGCACAUUCUCGUGCAAAGCAGGGGAGUUUCUGGAGAUGUCUGCUCAGGAGUGCACUCCGUGUGCGGCUGGCACUUACUCGCUGGGCAGCGGCCUGCGUUUGGAUGAGUGGGACGACAUUCCUCCUGGAUUCAGCAGCCUGGCAACCAGCCCUGACAACUCGCCCAACGGACAGAAUGCGUCCACCUGCAGCAGUGCAAAGUGGGUCGCUCAGGGCUCGUAUCUGGAGUCCAACAGAGAUGAGUGUACUGUGUCUCUGAUCUACACUGUACACUUGAAGAAGCCGGGGUCAGUGUACUUUGACUACCAGUAUGUGGAUAACAGCAUCUUCUUUGAGUUCUUUAUUCAGAACGACCAGUGUCAAGAGAUGGACCAGGAUUCAAAUAAAAAAUGGAUCAAAUUAACUACUCAUGGAGAGUGGGGAACACAUAGUGUGAAUCUGAAUUCUGGCACUAAUAUCCUGUAUUGGAGAACCACUAGAGUAACACUCGGCUCUAAAGCAGUCAAACCUGUACUCCUGAAGAACAUACGGAUCGAAGGUGUGGCAUAUACAUCAGAGUGUUUUCCAUGUAAGCCUGGGAUGUUCAGCCGCACCCCGGGCUCCUCCUCCUGUGAGUCCUGUCCACGAGACACGUAUUCUGGCCGAGGGGCCAGCUCCUGCACACCUUGCAACACAAAAACACACUACGCCUCAGAAGGCUCUGCCAUGUGCAAAAGUAGACCGCCAUGCUCAGAAAAAGACUACAUCCAGACAUACAGCACUUGUGAUAAAGAUGGAAAGACUCAGGUCAUGUAUAAGUGGGUAGAGCCUCAGAUUUGUUUGGCAGCUGCUGCUGGCGCAGUAACACUGCCACCUUCUGGUCAGCGUGAGCCUUGUCCACCCUGUAAUCCUGGUUUCUAUAACAACGACACUGCCACCUGUUCUCCCUGUCCACCCGGGACUUACUCUGAUGGGGUCAAAGCAUGCCAGCCUUGUCCAGCUGGCACGGAGCCUGUCCUCGUCUAUGAGUACAAGUGGUGGAACGUGCUGCCUGCCAACAUGAAGACAUCCUGCUUCAACGUGGCCAACAACAAUUGUGAUGGAUUGAAUGGUUGGGAAGUAGCGGGUGAUCAUGUACAAUCAGGAGCAGGUCGUUCAGAUAACGAUUAUCUCAUAUUAACUCUCACGGUGCCUGGAUUCAAGUUGCCUGUGUCAGUUCGAGGAGCAUCCGGCAGUGAGUACAGCCGGAUCACUUUUGAGUUUGAAACCAGCUGCUCAGCUGACUGUGAGUUCUACUUCAUGACGGAUGUGAACAGAAGGAGCACAAAUGUCAUUGAAUCAUGGGAGGGGAGUAAAAGCAAACAGAGUUACACACACAUCAUGACUGAAGACUCUUCUGUUGCGUUCACCUGGGCUUUUCAACGCACCAAUCAGGCUAGUGAUGUGCGUCAGUAUGUAAAUGACAUGGUGAAGAUUUACUCUGUGACUGUCACUAAUGCCAUGGAUGGAGUGGCAUCAGCGUGUCGGGCGUGUGCCCUGCAGGCUGGCUCCUCCUGUGUGCCCUGUCCAGCUGGACACUACAUUGAUAAAGAGACCAACCAGUGCCAAGAGUGCCCUCCUAAUGCCGUCCUAUCUGGGCAUCACAUCUAUGGCAAAGAAGCGUGUCAGCCGUGUGGGCCAGGCAGCAAAAGCAACAAGGAGCACAGUGUGUGUUUCAGCGACUGUUUGUUCACAUGCACUGACCAGAAUCGGACACUUUGGUAUGACUUCAGUGCUCUGAACUCCGCUGGGUCCAUCAUGAACGGGCCCAGCUUCACUGCGAAAGGCACAAAGUAUUACCACCUCUUCAAUAUCAGCCUGUGUGGAGCUGAGGGUCACAAGGCUGCGGUCUGCAGAGAUAAUGUCACAAACCUGCCCAAUGAGGACGCUGAAGGUGGUCAGCUGGGCAGUUCAGUGGAGGCUUUUCUCUGUCAAUCAACGAUUAUCCCAUCUGAUGGGCGGGGCUUAAGAACAGCUCUUUCCUCUCAGUCCAUUAGCCUGGCCGACACUUUUCAGGGAGCCACCGUGGAGAAAUCUCUUAACGGAAUAACCACCAGACCAGAACUAUUUCCAUCUGCAUCCGAGAGAAUCCCAGAUGUCCACUUCUUCUAUCGAUCUACACAGGUCACAACCUCAUUUCCUCUGUCCUGUGUCAGUGAGUGUCCUGCAGGGACCUGUGACGGCUGCACGUUCCACUUCCUGUGGGAGAGCUCUAGCGCAUGCCCGCGCUGCACUGCUGUCGACUACCACGCCAUUGAAGGAGCCUGUAAGGCAGGAGUGCAGGACACCGUGUUUGUGUGGACUGAACCUCGCCUGUGUACUGGAGGACUGACUCUCCCGCUGAAGAGAACGUCUCCAUGUGAGGCGAUUGAUUUCUGGAUGAAGGUGGGCGCUGGGCUUGGAGCGUUCUGUGCUAUUCUGCUCGUCUCCCUGACCAGCUACUUCUGGAAGAAGAACAAAAAGCUGGAGUAUAAGUAUUCCAAACUCGUGAUGUUGGCCAAUAAAGAGUGCGAGUUACCAGCGGCGGACAGCUGUGCCAUUAUGGAAGGAGAAGGAGACGAGAACGAGGAGGAAGAAGUGGUUUAUGCCAACAAGUCUUCUCUUCUGGCUAAACUAAAGGCUAUUGCUACCAAGGGCAACAAGAAGAGCGGUGAAGCCGUCCAACUGCAAUUCUCCAAUACAGAGAAGUCUGUGUGGGGAUAGAAGAGGAGCGAAGAGGGAUACGGAAAAGAAAGGGAUGAAUGGAAGUUCGAUAUCACACGCAGUGGCCUUAAGAAAACAAGGGCACAAGUGCCCGAGGAAGGAAUAUGGGUUAAACAAGCCUGCGAUGUCUUAGGAAACCGGAUGGACGUGCUUUUACGAAUAUUCCUGUCGAGAUUUGUCACUAUGCAGUUGUGUAUGUGUUUUCCUAUUGUAAAUGCGUGAAAAUUCCCUCCCUCUCCAGUGCCCGGGUUUCUCUAGAAGCUUUUUGGAGCGACAGGCGCGACAUUACACGAGUCCUAGCUUGUCAGAGCGAAUGUAGCCAAGGGUCACACAAAUACACUCAGACGUUAAGCUUUACUGACAGACGCUUCCAAUCCCAGCUAAACAGCACUGGAAAGCCAUGUAAAGUGUGGUGUUUUCAAGUGCGGCCAAAAUAGACUUUUUUUUUUUUAAGUAACCUAUUUGACUGUGACGGUGACAUUCCAAAUGAAAUAUGACAUGAAUAAAGUCUAUGAAUAAAGAGAUUACAGCAAAGCAGGAGUCAUUUCUGUACAGCUAUUUUUAUGAUUUUUCGACAUCCCUCUGUGUUAAUCUGGUUUACAGUACCAAGACAAACACAGGAGAUUUCAGGAGAAAAGGAUUCCUUCAGAACUGUGACUGCAGACUGAGGUGAUGAAACAUGUGCAGUCUAAUUAAUGAACUUAAUGAACUGCCAGUGGGGUUUUUAUUCAUGUAAUUUUAAGACCCAUCGACAUGAAAUCUGGCGAAAUGAUCUGCUGAGACCCGUAUUGAUUCUGGAUUGAGGUGUAAACCUAUGGUUUACUGUGCCGCUGGGAUUUAGUUGUUUUGUUUGGUCCACUACUACUCUGGAGUGUUAGAUAUACUGUAGGCAAUAUUAUUCACAUGAGUAAUUCUGUGAUUUUUCUCAUUGUGUGUGUGUGUGUGUUUACAGUGAAUUAAGCCUGUAACUGUG